AUGCAUGUUCGUGGACUUUUGUGGACUUUGCUCACAUGUGUCUCUGGAACUCUGGCCGCCCACCUGACCCGACACGAUGAGUCCUUCAGCCCCGACUACAUCCUUCGGGUGACUGAGGACACCGUCCCCAUUGCUUGCCGGACCCGGUAUUCUGCCCUCGUCAACGGCAGUAUCCCUGGUCCAACCCUCUAUUUGAGAGAGAAUCAAACAACGUGGGUGCGCGUGUAUAACGACAUGCUAUCGAACAACCUCACAAUUCACUGGCAUGGUUUAACUGCCUCUGCUGCACCGUGGGCAGAUGGUACUCCCUCAGCCAGCCAAUGGCCAAUAAAGGCUCAGCACUUUUUCGAUUAUGAGCUCCGGCCAUCCAUCGGCGAGGCCGGCUCCUACUUCUACCAUUCGCAUGUGGGCUUCCAGGCCUCCACUGUAACCGGCCCCUUGAUCGUGGCUGAGGCGGAUGGCCGGCCACCCUACGAGUAUGAUGAAGAACGGAUACUCUUCCUGUCUGAAUUAUUCAAUGUGACCGACGAAACUGCCACAGAGUGGCUCACUGAUCCUGAUCUCAAGUGGCCGGGUGAGGCAGAAGCAAUUUUGGUCAAUGGGCAAGGUUACCGUGGGCUGAAUGGCAGUGAGGCCGAGGCAUCCUCGCCCUACGGCGCCUGGGACCCGACGGUUGAAGAGCCAUGCAGCGCGGCGGUGAUCGAGGUCGAGCCAGACCGGACGUACCGGUUUCGGGCCAUCGGCGGUGUUGCCCUCAGUCCUUUGGCCUUUGCUGUAGAGGAUCAUAACGAGUUGCAAAUGAUAUCUAUCGAUGGGGCCUACACUCAGCCGGCAAGUACCGCCUGGAUUGAGAUAGCCGGCGGCCAGCGGUAUGAUUUCUUGCUGAAGACAAAAUCGGUGGCGGAAUUAGAGUCACUGCGUCAACAACAGAGGCUGAAAAAUGCUACCGCUACCAAUUUCUGGAUCCAGUUCGAGACUCGUUACAGGGCUAUCAACUCGACCUUUUACGCUAUUCUGUCGUAUAAUUCGGACACCAGCAGCAACAAGAGCAAUCAACACCAGACCGAGAGGUCUCAGGGGCACAGGGACAACAGCACCAUCUACACCACAGUUGACUCCGGUCCCCCAGCACAAAAGCCCAUUCACAUCCCCUAUGCACUGCAGAACUGGAUGGAGUACACCUUCGAGCCGUUGGAAGCAAACGGCUUCCCGCCUUCAGACCAGGUCACCCGCGAGGUCUACAUCACCGCGGCCCAGAUCGUGAGCCCCACUAAUCUUGAGAACAAGCACUGGACGAUGUCCAACCGAACCUGGGACGAGGCUAAUGCAACGGUGCCUUACCUGGUCGACAUCUAUGCUCACGGGGAGGAUGCGAUCCCGGACUACGAGGUCGCGGUCCAGCCGCGCAACGGGGGCAGGGAUCCGGCGCAGAAUGUCUACGCGGCCAAGGCAGGGGAAUUGAUCGAUAUCAUCUUUGUCAACCAGGCCAACGGACUGGCGGGGGGAUUUGAUGCCCAUCCUUUUCAUAUUCACGGUGGCCACGUCUGGGAUCUCGGAUCCGGUCCCGGGGCUUAUAACGCGACGGCCAACGAGGCCAAGCUUCGUGGCUACAACCCCGUGCUGCGCGACACAAGUCUGCUCUACAAGUAUACCAACGGCGAUGGCAGUUCAGCGGGGAACUUCACCAGUCAGGGCUGGCGAGCCUGGCGCUUGAAGGUGGACAAUACCGGGGUAUGGAUGAUUCAUUGCCACAAUAUCUUCCACAUGAUUAUGGGAAUGCAGACCGUGUGGGUCAUGGGCAAUGCAUCGGAAAUCACACGAAAGGUAGAACCCGCUCUCGUGGAGGGCUAUCUGACAUUUGGAGGCAACGCGUAUGGGAACGCAACCUACGACCCGUUGGUCACUCAUUACUUUGACGAUUGA